AUGAACGACUGCAACACCGUCCACGUUCCGAUGGAGAAUCGCCUAAAGCUGAGUAAGAAAAGUACAAGUCCUCCUGUUGAUGCAUCUUACUAUCGCAGCAUUGUGGGAAGCUUGAGGUACUUGGUUCAUACCCGGCCGGACAUCAGCUUUGCGGUCCGGUAUGUAAGCCGAUUCAUGGAGAAUCCAACGACGGAGCAUCUCAGCGCCAUCAAGCACAUUCUUCGGUACAUAGCAGGCAUGCUGCACUUCGGUUUGAGCUACACCAAGGGCCAGGGUGAGAUCAAACUCAAAGGCUACAGCGAUGCGGACAUGGCCGGAGAUGUGGACGAUUGCAAGAGCACCACGGGUGUUCUGUUCUGCUUCGGGGACGCGCCAGUAACAUGGCAGUCUCAGAAGCAACCGGUGGUGGCGCUGUCAUCGUGCGAGGUGGAGUAUAUUGCAGCCUCAACAGCAGCUUGCCAGGGCCUAUGGCUUGGGAGUUUGCUCGGGCGCUUCUACGGCAAAUCAGCAAGCGUCGCCACCAUCUUCAUCGACAAUCAAUCAGCUAUCCAACUGUGCAAGAAUCCGGUGUUUCAUGGCCGGAGUAAGCACAUCAAGACGCGCUUCCAUUUCAUCAAGGAAUGCGUCGAGGGCGGUGACAUCAUUGCCCAGAAGAUUCACACCGACGAUCAGCUGGCGGACAUUCUUACCAAAUCACUUGGCCGGGUUAGAUUCCUGCACCUGCGCUCGAAGAUCGGCGUCGUCAACAUCCUCGACAACUAG